AGUACUUGGAGUAUCUACACUUUUAUUUCGGGAAUCGGCCAUUUACGGGUAGGUGUUCCGUGACCAUGAAGACAUGAUGUGCCGUGCUUUAUGAUGUACAUGUACAUGUAGACCUGUGCCUUGUUACGGUCACCACAGUCACCAUGACAGGGUGGUGCAAGCAGGCAGCUCUUGUUGGGCUGGGAGCUACUGUCCUGUUGAUGGUCACUGUUGGCUACCUGGGAUUCAAUGAUGUCAAACAUUUAGUUGUUGACACUUCCUCUAAGAUAAGUUCCAAGGCUAGGUCCUCCUUGCCCAUCCUGCAUAAGUUUGUUGAAGGAACUGCAGAUAAAUUGAAGAAUCUAACUGCCAGUGCAGUUUCCUCUUUUGUACCGAAAACAAUCGACCUGAACACAAAACAGCAUAUCAGUUACGGCAGUAAAAAUCCAGGAGACGCCCCACGGGGCAUUUCAGUACCUCAGAAAGAUGCCUCGUCUGAUAAUUCAACCUCCCAAGAAACUGCCCAUGGCACAGGGGAGGCCCCUGCAAAGCAGGGACCUGUGAAAAGCUGCAGGGCCCGCUCCAACAUCGUCCUCUUCAAGAUGCACAAGUGCAGCAGCAGCACGGUGCAGAAUAUCCUGUUCCGCUUCGGGGAGGAACACCAUUUGAAUUUUGUCCUCCCUCCCGUGGGGAACUACUUAGGCCACUCGCCAUUCAACAAGCGCUACAUGAUUAAGUUCCCAUUGAAGGAGUAUAACAUCUUGUGCCACCAUACAGUUUUCAAUGCCAGAGGUAUGGCAGAAGUGAUGCCUGUUAAUAGCAUUUAUACAACCAUUCUUCGUAAUCCUGUCCCAAUGUUUGAAUCCCUCUUCACGUACAACAACAUGGCUUACUGGUACGGCCUUCCAAAUAGUCGUGCCUUGGAACUCUUUCUCAACAGGCCAAAUUACUACUACAGAAAAUCAGAUGGAGGGAUCCUACAUGUGAAGAAUCCAAUGCUGUAUGGGCUAGGGCUACCUAAAGCAGCCCUUGCCGAUCCCCAUGCAGUUGAUCGGAAGAUUGAAGACCUAAAGGGUCAAUUUGACUUGGUCAUGAUUACUGAGUACUUUGAUGAAUCCCUGGUUCUGCUGCGCCACCUCAUGUGCUGGGAACUUGACGACAUUGUCUAUUUUGUCCACAACGCUCGCAGCAAGUCGGCCGUGAAGACUGUGCCACCAAAGGUUGCUGCCAAAAUCCGACAGUGGAACUAUGGGGAUGUGAAACUCUAUGAGAGCUUCAACCGGACCUUCUGGCAGAGGGUUGAUGCAUUCGGAGUGGACAGAAUGAAGGAAGAGGUCUCCAAACUAAGGGAAAGAAAUCAGUAUUACAAGGAGCACUGCAUUGCUGAGGUAACAAACCAAAACUCUAGAGUUUGGCAUCCUCAAGGCAUCCCAAUUGAUAGCUUCCUAUUGAGAAAGGAAGCGGCAGGGGAUACGAUGUGUGUUCGGAUGGCAGAGCCAGAAUUGCUCUACACUGAUCAUAUCCGACAAGUACAGAAAAGUAGAUAUGGAUUGCAAUAGUUUGAAUAUCUAAUAGUGCAUUACAUUUGUCUGAAAGUUUCGGGUACACGUAUAUCAUGUUCACAUUUAUCUGCUGCAUUUUUACCAAAUCAAUUGUAUGUGCAGUUCUUUCAACAGUAAGAUUAAUUUAUUUCAGGUUAUUUUUGUGCAAAAAUCAUCAGUGAUUUUUUUCUGUUCACUCGUGUGCUUUUACUUGCACUUCACCAAGUACAAAGAGAAACUGUGGGAUUUUUGCACGCACAUGUAGUUACCAGGAGAACUUGUUUCAGGUCACAUGUGAUGUGUAAUGUUCUGUCAUUCUUAAUCUAAUAGAAAGUUAUGGAACUUCAUCAGGAAAAACCAAAAAUGAGCUAUUCUUUAAGUUAAAAGAAUGGAGAUCAAGUUAGUUUAGGUCCCACCAUUACUUUCACUUAAUAUUCACAAGUUUUUUAUGUAUAUAAAUUUUACAUCAUUGUGGUUCUUUAUAAGAAAUGAAAGAAUUUUCUUAUACAAGAUGGCAUAUUCCUCCAUCCUGUCAACAUUGUAAAAUUUGUCCGUUCAUGGCAUGCAAAAAAUAAUAUGGGGCUAGUCUUUGUCAUCAAAAUUUGUGAUUCUGUAAUGCACCCGUUUAACCCUAAAAGGGCCGGGAUGGAAUCCGCCUUUCCCUUGAUAUUUCUUCCGAUAUCGGAGAAGUACAUUUUUUAAUGCUCGGAGCCUUCAGGAGCUUUUCUUUUUCAGCAUACCAUGCGAUUGUUUUGACACCAAUUUUCCAAACAAGGACCUAUCGUCCUCGCGCGUCACCCAUUUUCCCACCAAUAUCAGCCAAAAAUCAAAAGAUCAGCCAAAAAUGUACGUUGCAUACAUGUACUUUAUCCAAUGAUGUGCUUAAUCCACGCGUGCAAACACGCGUGAGGCCUUAAAACACCCAUUAGUUCGACUGAGUUAAAACUCAUUUGUUCUGAAAAUGAUUAUAGGCUUUUUGUAGUUAUAUGCCAAGUUUUUUUUUUAAUCGGCAACAUGAGACAGCUUAGGUAUGGGGGACCGCAUCUGCGCUAUGAAUGGCGUUUAUUUAGGGUUAAACACUGCGUAUUAAAUUUGAAAACAUACCAAAAAAUGUGUGCUUUUACCAAAGAAUAUGUGUACAUAAAUAUCUACUUAAAACUAAUGUAUGUAAAUCGUGGGGAAAUCGACUUUUUGAGAAUGUCUUUCACACAAAGAAUGCUGCAUCAGAUGUAAGUACGUCAGUGGUUUUCAUUAAUUUGUGCAAGCAACCCCACUAAUUCGAUUUUUUAUAAGACGUACAUGUAGAAGACAGACUAAAGUUUCAAUAGCUUUAUAAUUUUAUCUUACUUGUUGCAAUUAUAUUGGAGUUAAAAUAUUUGCAGUGUAAACAUGUUUCAUAGAAGUGUGUAGCGUUUACUUUGGAAGUGGUUGGCAGUUAUAAGCCCUAUUUAUGUCUGGUCGAGCUGACUGAUGUACACGUAGAAGGUUGUAUUUUAUCAUCUAAAAGUGCCAGUCUGUUUACAUGUGUUUUAAAUAAAUCGUGUUUUAUGAAAACUUG